AUGAAAAUCUUGUCUGCCGGUGUGGCAAACGAGAUGACAACGGAACAGACUCCCGAUGCCGCCGUUACGGGAACUGGUUUCCUGCACCCUAUCGUUUCGGUUGGGGCCUGUUUUGUGAUAUCAGUAGUUUAUGUAGCUAGUUUAUACGUAUGGAAUUCGAAACACGAUCGUGACCAUCCUUCAACCAUAAAGCGGCGCUUUUUUAGUGUGUUUGUCGUAAUGCUCAUAGCUCCCUUUUUCGUGCUAAUAAUUUCAAGCAAGGACGUAUGGCAACAUUACAGUAUGUGGCAAAUAAUGGGAUUCCGAAGGGAAGGACUAUUUACCGCCACGUUCCUUCCAUUGUUGCUCACGAUGGUACUGUUCCUCGGGCCACUUAGCGUCCAGCUAUCGAACGGCAUUUGGCGCAUUUAUUCGGAACCGAUGUACUGGAUGAAUGCUGUGCGUAAUUUGGUAUGGAUACGGAACCAUAUCGUCGCGCCGUUGUCGGAAGAAUUCACCUUUCGUGCCUGCAUGCUGCCUCUGCUGCUGCAAUCGUUUCGUCCAUCGAUCGCGAUGCUCAUCACACCGCUCCUGUUCGGACUGGCCCACUUGCAUCAUAUCAAGGAGCGUCUGCAGAAUGGUCGUCCCUUGCGCGAAGUUCUGCUAGUAUCGUUGUUUCAAUUUUUCUACACCACCAUAUUUGGCAUCUACUCGUCACACCUGUUCGUACGCUCGGGGCAUUUUGUGGCACCCUUUGUCGUGCAUGCCUUCUGCAACCAUAUGGGGUUUCCGGAUGUUCAGGAAGUGUGCUCGCAACCGAAUCACAAGAAGUAUCUGUUUAUCGGAUUUUAUGUGCUCGGUUUGGUCGGUUGGGUGACGUUAUUGCCCACGCUAACCACACCGAGCUGGUACUCCAACAACCUCUUCUGGGCUUCGGAACUUUAGAUUUCGUUUCCGUCAAAAAUUAAUCCAAUGGUGCCAUUAUGCAACAACUGCCACAAAAUCUAUCUGCUCGGCUCCGUAUUGUAUUAUGUGUUUCACGUUAUAAAUAGGUAAAAUCUUUGUUUCUAUUCGUUCUAUUCGUAUAUGUGUGUAUAUGUUGUACUAGAUUCUGUUAGGUUAUACGCUUCAUGUGCUGCUCUAGAAACACUAUAAAAAUCAUAAUCCUCUGUUUUAUUUAUAAAAC